UCUUUGUUUCAUUGUCUUCCUAUCAAUACUAUCGAUAUUGCCAUCGACUGUUUGCCAGCUCUAGUUGUCAGUUUUACACAAAAAAAAUCAAAAAAUAAACAAUAAAAAAAAAGAAGGAAGAAAGAAAGACAUGAACGGAGCAAUACCCAAGGAAAUAAAAAACACUUCUUCAAACAAUACAGCAAAUGGAAACGGAGUCGCGGCCCUGAUGGCACGUAGCAAUAAUCCAGGCGAACGUAUAACAUUGCUGGUGGACAAUGUUCGUUUCAUCAUCGAAAAGGAUUUGGUGACUGCACACCCCAACACCAUGUUGGGCACCAUGUUUAGUACAGGCUUUCAAUUUGUCCAUCCCAACGAAAGAGGUGAAUAUGAGGUGGCCGAUGGCAUAUCUCAUACAUUGUUUCGAGCCAUACUCGACUACUACAAGACUGGGCUAAUAAAGUGUCCUCCUACCAUAUCUGUGCCGGAGCUGAAGGAGGCGUGUGAUUAUUUAUUGAUCCCCUUUGAUGCCACCACAGUACGCUGCCAAAAUUUGCGUGGUCUUUUACAUGAGCUAAGCAACGAGGGAGCACGCCAACAAUUUGAGUUAUUCUUGGAAGAGUUCAUAUUACCGGUCAUGGUUACGGCCGCACAAAGGGGUGACCGCGAAUGUCAUGUCGUUGUGUUGUUGGACGAUGAUGUCGUCGAUUGGGACGAAGAGUUUCCCCCUCAGAUGGGUGAAGAAUACUGCCAGACCAUUCACAGUACUACAAUGCACCGUUUCUUCAAAUACAUUGAGAAUCGCGAUGUUGCCAAGCAGGUUAUGAAAGAUCGCGGUCUAAAGAAAAUACGUUGUGGUAUCGAAGGCUAUCCCACGCAUAAGGAGAAAAUACGUCGUCGUCCUGGUGGUCGUGCCGAGGUAAUUUACAGUUAUGUGCAGAGGCCCUUCAUACACAUGUCCUGGGAAAAGGAAGAGGCCAAAAGUCGUCAUGUCGACUUCCAAUGUGUGAAAUCGAAAUCGGUCACCAAUUUAGCUGAAGCUACUGCAGAUCCCCCCUUGGAAUUGGAUGCCAGUGGCAAUCCCAUACCACCACCUCCGGAAAAUGUAGUUGCAUUUCGAGCUGAUGCCGAUGCUGGGAUCGAUGGUGGCGCGGUGGAAGAUGCUGUUGCCGCCGAUGGUGGCGAAUUGGAAGCUGCUGGUGGUGCUAACGAGGAAAAUGCUUAAAUCUUGUCGCAGUCGUUGCCCCCCGCCACCCAAUGAGCGAAGCACGGUCUAAGGUAUACGGAAUAAUCGAAUUAUAAUCGUAUAUGUCGGCGUUUUGGAUAUGAAUAUAUAUAAAAAUCCUUAUUGAAGAAAUCACACAUUUAUGCAUAAUAUAAAAUAGAUAUAAAGAUAAACACUUUUUUACAUAUUUUGUAAUACUCAAAUCAUUUGAAUAUCUCAAAAUCAGUAUUUAAUAAUCACUGUAAGCCGUUUGUAUUUUUGUUUGUUCUUUUCUAUACCUUGUAUUUGGAAAUGGAUAUCUAUUUGCUUUUAAAACAUUUAUUUUACACGAAUAACAACAACAAUACAAAAAUAUAGAUAUAUCAAAUAAAAUUGCGCAACUUUUUUCUAAAUAAA